GGCGGCGAUGGCGGGGACGAUCUCCCGCAUCCGGCUGGAGAACUUCAUGUGCCACUCCAGCCUCGACAUCGAGCUCGGCCAGCACGUCAACUUCAUCACCGUCCAGAACGGCAGCGGGAAGAGCGCCAUCUUGACGGCUCUCUGCAUAGCCUUCGGCUGCCGCGCCAAGAACACGCAGCGCGCCGCCACGCUGAAAGAUUUCAUCAAGACUGGUUGCAGCGAUGCAGCAAUUGCUGUUGACAUCAACAACCAAGGGGAAGAUGCGUUCAAGCCUGACAUAUAUGGGAACUUAAUUAAAUUGGAGCGCAGGAUUACCAAGUCAUCUAGUUCUACUAUCUUAAAAGAUCAACAUGGGAGGAAGGUGGCACAUCGCAAAGAUGAUCUUAAUGAGAUAGUCGAACAUUUUAAUAUUGAUGUUGAAAAUCCUUGUGUAAUUAUGAGUCAAGACAAAAGUAGAGAAUUUCUGCACUCAGGAAAUGACAAGGAUAAGUUUAAGUUCUUCUUCAAGGCUACUCUUCUUCAACGACUCAAAGAGUUGCUUGAGACAAUCAGAGAUCAGGUGCACAAGGCAGACUCUGAUGUUCAAGAACUGGAGAAGUCAAUUAAGCCAGUGAUGAGAGAACUUGAUGAAUUACGAGAGAAGAUAAAGAAUAUGGAACACAUAGAAGAGAUAGCACAUGAUAUUGAUAAUUUGAAGAAAAAGUUAGCCUGGUCAUGGGUUUAUGAAGUUGACCAGCAAAUUGAGGUACAAACAGCGAAACUCCAGAAACUCAAAGGGCGAGCUCCUGCGUGCCAAGAAAGAAUUGACCAAAAUACAGUUGUUAUUGAUAAACUGAAGAAAGAACUAAUUGAAAAGGAAGAAAAUCUCAGAUCUUUGGUGGGUAAGACUCGUGAAGAGAACAACAUGAAGAAAAGUAUGGAAAAUAACAUUGCUGAGGCUGUGAAGCGGGAGAUAGAACUAGAGGCGGAGCAUGAGCGUGGUGCACACAUGCUGGAGAGAAAGAAUGGCCGCCUGAAUCAAUUGCAGGCACAACUUCGUGAUUUCCAAAUGCAGCAUAUGCAAUCUACUCAAGCUGAGGCAUCUCAAAUGGAGAAAGAUAUGCAGAACAUACAACAACAGAUUGAUCAUCUUCAUUCAAAUGUUACAAGGUUAAGAGAGGAUGAAAAUGAAUUCACAGCAGAAUUAUCAGGCAUCGUAAAAUCUAUCAAUGACAUAUCAAAAGAGAUAGCUGAAAAUGAUAGAAGGACAAAACAAAUAAAAUCCGACAUUGCAGACCUUCAACGACAGCAAAGUAAUACGGUAACGGCAUUUGGGGGACGAAGAGUUCUGAAACUCUUGGAAUCAAUAGAGACAAACCACAAAAAAUUCGAAAGCCCACCUAUUGGUCCAAUAGGGGCUCAUCUGCAACUUGCUAGUGAGUCCUGGUCUGUGGCAGUUGAUCGCGCAUGUGGGGGGCUUCUGGAUGCAUUUAUUGUCACGUGUUAUAAGGAUUUACAUGUUUUGCGAGAAUGUGCAAGUAAAGUGAAUUUCAAUAACCUUCGAAUUAUUGUGUAUGAUUUUACUAGGCCACGAUUGAUCAUUCCUGAUGGUUCACUUCCUACAACAGAGCACCCUACAGUACUAUCAGUUAUUCAGUCAGAAAAUCACACUGUGCUGAAUGUAUUGGUGGAUCAAGGUCAUGCUGAAAGGCAGGUCCUGGUUAAAGAUUAUGAAGUCGGAAAAUCUCUUGCAUUUGAUGAUAGGAUGCGGAAUAUAAAGGAAGUGUAUACUUCUGAUGGAGACAAAAUAUUUUCUAGACGUGCUGUUCAGACUUUUUAUCCUCCUGCAAGCAAAAAAGGAAGACCUAAUCGUUUGUGCAGUUCACUGGGAGAAAAAAUUGCUGAACUUAAGAAUGAAGCAGAAGGUAUUCAAAGAACAAUAAUGGAAAAGAACGGUCAGAAAAGCAAGUUAGUUAAAGAUCAAUGCGACCUUGAACAGAAAAUAGCAGAUUUGAAGAGAAAACGAGAACCUGAGGAGUAUCGUUUAGAGAAAAAAAUACUGGAACUUGAUGACGCCAAGAGAGCUUUUGCUGAAAUGAAUAGAUAUGCUGCUGUGGAUAACACUGAACUAGAGGAGGACAUAAAGAAAGAGAAGAAUAUCAUUGUGGAGAGCGAACAAUUACUAAAGAAAAUUAAUGUGAAGUUAGCAGCGGCUUCACGAGAAGUGAACGAUAGAAGAGAAGCUUACAAGACCUUUAUGGAUUCUGUGAAUGAGGAGACGGGGCAUCGUGCUAGCGCAAAUGAUGAAUUAGAACUUAUUAAGCGUAAACUAGAUGCAGCUGAGCAGGAGAAGGCUCACUAUGAAGGUCUCAUAACAACCAAAGUUUUACCUGCUAUUAAAAUGGCUGAAGCAGAGUAUGCAGAUCUUCAGCAGCUUCGACAGAUUGAUGUUACCUGCAAUAUAGUAGCAGCUACCAAUGCUCCAGUAAGAACACCUCCAAUGACAUGCCUCUUCGGGCUGCAGAGCAUGACGCUGAUCCGGCUACGGAAAGUGUCUCAUCAGGAUGUUCCAUUAGUAUCAUCUUUAGAGAGUGCAGAUUCAGUGGAUGAAGCUUUCGUGCCUAAUGAUUUUGCAGAAGAUGGUUCUCAUCCCGUGUCUCCGGAUCUAUCUCGAGAUGAAGGAGAGUUCGACAAGGCUCUUUUGAAGUUCUAUCUCAAUCAGAAAAGGCAGAAACGAUCUACUGAUUUCCCCACUUGUGCCACUUUCACUAGAUAUUCUGGGAAGUUCUUCUCUGGUGUUGUUGCUGGAAUGUGUCCUAGGUAUCAGAAUGUCAUCCAGACAUACGGCAUGGGUUGUCUCUUAAACUUUGUUAGGACCGAGGUUCCCCUUAGGCUAGUGAAGUGGCUUGCUAGUAGGUUUGAUGUCCCUUCAUCUGAAUUCCAGUUCGAAAGGAAAUUUAUCCCAAUGGCCAAGUAUGACAUCCACGAUAUCCUUGACCUCCUAGUAGAUGGCGAACCACUUGUGUCUGAUCCUGAGUCUGGCCGUGAUUUUAUCCUGUCUCACUUCAAUGUUUCUAGUAUUCCUCCUGUCUCUUUCUUUGCCAACAAGCUUAAAUCCACCGAAGUCGAGUUGUCUGAUGAAGACAUUUUCAUUUGCUUCAUGAUUGUUGCGUUGUCCUCAUUCCUUUGUCCCAACUCUAGCCUCAGUCCUAUCCCGAAGUACCUGCAUAUUUUUAGGGAUUGUUCUUCUAUGUGCAACUAUGAUCUGUCCGGAUAUGUUUAUGAGUGGUUGUUGAGCAGCAUCAAAAAGUUCAAGAAUUCCACUAAAGUUGCUUCUAAAAGAUCAGUGACGUUUGGUGGUUGUCACUACGCUUUUGCUGUUUGUUACCUUGACCAACUUAAUUUCGGUCUCCAUUCUGUCCAUGAUGUCAAGCCCCGGAUUCUAGCAUGGAGAGGUAACAAAGUUAAGCAAUUUUCAGAGCUUGACAGAAACAAUAGCCGCUCUUAUGGCAAGAGGUCUCUAAAGCGGUUGUGUGCUCCAGUUAAUCCACAGUCUAUCGAGAAAUCUUCAGCAAGCAAAGAUGGUGAUGUUCCCCUUUGCAGUGACAUGCUUUUUGAAAUGAAUGUGCAGAAAUCCUUCGGUGCUCGUUUUGGGUUUGAGGCUGCUCAAGUAGUCAUAGACCUUGUUCAAUCUAGGAACAAAGACAAGCCCAAGCUAUUUGUAGAAUGGUCACAGUCCCUUGUAAUUGACGUUCUAGAAUGCUUAUCAUGCGCCAAGUCUGUCUCUAUUCAAUCUUUCAUUGCUGAGAGGAAGUGUGAGACUGUUGUUGAGACAUCAUCUCCUGAAGUCCAGCAGCAAAUCCCCAAUUUGAAUGAAGCUUCUCCUUUUGUUUCUGGUGUUGUUAGUGUUGGGGGUUUUCACAACACAAUAGUUUUAUCUAGUUCAUGUCCAGCUCCUAAAGUGUGUGAUGAGGGCUUGGUAAAUGAGGCAAAUGUUGAAGUUGCAAUUCCAGUGGCGGAUUUAUCUUCUAUAAAAAGUCCUUCUCAUUCUAUAGGUAUAUCCCCUUCAACGACGUGGUGUGCAAUUCCUGUUGUUGGUUCUACUUUGAAGCCCUCAGGUCCUUUGUGUCUGGUCUUAUUAAGAAAUAGCGAACCCAAGGCCGAUGAUAAUGGUUUUCAAAGACCCACUUUUGCUCAGUUAAAUCGCACUCUUGGUGUUCAAUCUAAUGGCGAUGUUACCAAUGGUGAGCCCAAUGAUAAAGAGGUCGACAAUUCUUUUGGAGAACUGUCCCCUCUGGUUCCUAUUCGCUUGUCGCAGCGUUUCCAUAAUGCGCUAGGUGAUGUUGAGUGCUCUCAGUAUGUUGUUGAAAGAUUUAUGAAUUCACUGGAUCCCCGAAAUGAUGAGGAUUGCAUUGAAAUGGCCGGUUUGCCUAAUUCUGAAGUUUCCAAGUCAACUCACUGCUCAAGCCACCCUACUAAUGAAGUUAAAGAGCUACAAGACAACAUUCAAAUUGUAGGCACUUCUAGUUUUGCUGCUAGGUGUCAACAGCUUUCAAGAUCUAAUGAUGUUGCUUACAACAAGCUCAAGAACUUUACAGCACCUCAAUCAACUAGUUGCUACUUCUAG